CGGAUAAUCAGCUGAUGCCCGCAUCACUCACGCCCGAGUUGGGGCCUUCCCUAGCAACGACCACCACUCCCUAGCAACAGCUUCAGCAGCUGCCCGGAAGCGGGUCUCGGAUGUGCGGUUCCUCCCCCAGCAGCAGCAGGUAGAGGCGAUCGCCCAACUCCUGACCAUCCCCGUCUGACGCCCUCACCCAGACGCUGCCCCGGCCCCAACAGACCCAGAGGGGGAGGAUGCGGCAGCACCCUGCCGGGGGAGCAGGCGGUUCCCCCGGACACUCGGGACAGGUACUCAAGCAGCUAAAUGGAGUCUGAGCAGUUGUUUCAGAGAAGUUACUACCGCAACAGUUAUAACAGUAUUACCAGCGCGAGCAGCGACGAGGAGCUCCUGGAUGGAGCUGGAGGCAUGAUGGACUUCCAUACUCUGGAAGAUGACCACUUGUUGGAUGGUGAUGCCUCCAUUGGAACACAUUACACUAUGACUAACGGUGGAGCCAUCAACAGCACAACCCACUUGCUGGACUUGUUGGAUGAGCCUAUUCCAGGAGUUGGUACUUAUGAUGAUUUCCAUACCAUUGAUUGGGUGCGAGAGAAAUGCAAAGACCGGGAGCGUCACAGACGGAUUAACAGCAAGAAGAAAGAGUCAGCAUGGGAGUUAUCAAAAAGUCUCUAUGAUGCUUGGUCGGGAUGGCUAGUUGUCACACUUACUGGUUUAGCUUCAGGAGCCCUAGCAGGCCUGAUAGACAUUGCUGCAGACUGGAUGGCAGAUUUGAAAGAAGGGAUUUGUAUGUCUGCAUUUUGGUUUAAUCAUGAACAGUGCUGCUGGAGAUCAAACGAGGCUACAUUUGAAGAACGGGAUAAGUGUCCGCAGUGGAAAACGUGGGCAGAUCUCAUAAUUGGCCAGGCAGAAGGUCCUGGAUCAUAUAUAAUGAACUACAUAAUGUACAUUUUCUGGGCGCUGAGCUUUGCGUUCUUAGCCGUUUGCCUAGUAAAAGUGUUUGCUCCCUAUGCAUGUGGCUCAGGAAUCCCGGAGAUUAAAACCAUUUUAAGUGGCUUUAUCAUUAGAGGUUAUUUGGGCAAGUGGACAUUACUGAUCAAAACUGUCACACUGGUACUUGCCGUGGCUUCAGGCCUAAGCUUGGGGAAGGAAGGACCCUUAGUACAUGUUGCUUGUUGCUGUGGAAAUAUAUUUUCCUACCUCUUUCCUAAGUACAGCACAAACGAAGCUAAGAAAAGGGAGGUUCUUUCGGCAGCUUCCGCAGCUGGUGUGUCUGUAGCAUUUGGAGCUCCUAUUGGUGGAGUCCUUUUUAGUUUGGAAGAGGUCAGUUACUACUUCCCGCUGAAGACAUUAUGGAGAUCUUUCUUUGCAGCUUUGGUUGCCGCCUUCAUUUUAAGGUCAAUCAACCCUUUUGGGAACAGUCGCCUUGUGCUUUUUUAUGUGGAAUAUCACACUCCUUGGUACCUCUUUGAACUCAUCCCCUUCAUUCUGUUGGGUGUGUUUGGGGGCCUAUGGGGAGCAUUUUUCAUCCGUGCAAACAUCGCCUGGUGCCGACGCCGAAAGACCACUAAGUUUGGGAAGUAUCCAGUGCUAGAGGUUAUUGUGGUGGCUGCCAUCACAGCAAUCAUUGCGUUUCCUAAUCCAUACACUCGCUUCAACACCAGCCAGCUGAUUAAGGAACUGUUCACAGACUGUGGGCCCCUCGAGUCGUCUUCCCUGUGUGACUACAAAAAUGACACGAGCGCUGGAAAGAUUGUGGAUGAUAUUCCGGACCGGCCUGCUGGAAAUGGGGUGUACUCAGCCAUGUGGCAGCUGUGCUUGGCGCUUGUGUUCAAGAUCGUAAUGACCGUAUUCACGUUCGGCAUUAAGGUUCCUUCUGGCUUGUUUAUCCCAAGCAUGGCCAUUGGCGCCAUAGCAGGAAGGAUUGUAGGCAUUGCCGUGGAACAGUUGGCUUAUUACCACCAUGACUGGUUUAUAUUCAAGGAGUGGUGUGAAGUUGGUGCUGACUGCAUCACGCCAGGACUAUAUGCCAUGGUUGGUGCUGCAGCAUGUUUAGGUGGCGUCACCAGAAUGACCGUGUCACUUGUAGUUAUUGUAUUUGAGCUCACGGGAGGCCUAGAAUACAUUGUACCAUUGAUGGCUGCUGUAAUGACCAGUAAGUGGGUAGGAGAUGCUUUUGGACGGGAAGGCAUCUAUGAAUCUCACAUACGUCUGAAUGGUUAUCCUUUCUUGGAUGCCAAAGAGGAAUUCACGCAUACAACUCUGGCUCGUGAUGUGAUGAGGCCUCGAAGGAGUGAUCCUCCACUUGCAGUUCUCACCCAAGAUAACAUGACUGUAGAUGACAUCGAAAGCUUGAUCAAUGAAACUAGCUUCAACGGUUUUCCUGUCAUAAUGUCUAAGGAGUCACAACGACUGGUUGGGUUUGCUUUAAGAAGAGAUUUAACACUAGCAAUAGAAAAUGCAAGGAAAAAACAGGAAGGUAUUGUUGGCAGUUCCCGGGUAUGCUUUGCCCAACACACGCCAUCACUUCCUGCAGAAAGCCCUCGCCCCUUAAAGCUCCGCAGCAUCCUGGACAUGAGCCCGUUUACCGUGACUGACCACACACCAAUGGAGAUAGUGGUGGAUAUAUUCCGCAAGCUGGGGCUAAGGCAGUGCCUUGUCACACACAACGGGACUGUCUUGGGGAUCAUCACAAAGAAGAACAUAUUAGAACAUCUCGAGCAUCUAAAGCAGCACGUGGAACCCUUGCCGCCUCCUUGGCAUUAUAACAAAAAAAGAUAUACUCCGUCAUAUGGCCCAAAUGGCAAAUCACGACCCAGAGUCAAUACUGUUCAACUAAACGCCAUCUUUGAAGAAGAGCAUGAGGAGACAGAGGAGGAGGUCUUCUUGCUAAAGGAAACAUUACCCUGAUUAUAGGGUAAUUUGGCAAACUGGAAACAAUGUGAUAAAGAUUCUCUAUUUGACAGCAUAUUUGCCUUCCUUCUUGUAGAUCUUCAAGAAAAUUGGAGCACCUGCACAGGCCAAUUGCUGUGAAAUUGUUGCCAUUAGAGGGCAGUAUAAUAGAAGUGAUGCAAAUGGUACGUCUGCAACAGGGAGUGUGAGAGUCCUUUAUUGUUAUCCUUGUUGAGGACAGGAAACACCCAGAAUUGAGCCAUCUCCAUGAAGACUUGCUAUCCUUUUUAUCAUUGGAGGAGACAAAGUCUUUAUGCUGUCAAAUUUAUUGUUUUUGUUGUGUUUUUUUUUUGUACAUUCCAUGACAAAUAUAAUUUCUCUCUAUCCCUCUCCUUGCGACACUACCCAAUUAUUCUACUCCACGAGGAGACACUUAAAGCAGCGAUGUCUCAUAUUGAGGUAUACUGCCAUUUUCAUCAGUAACAUCAAACACAAGAAUGUGCCAUACAGUGGUUAGCUGGGUCCACAAGUGCUGUCGCAUCAGCUUUUACAUGCAGGGGACAUGCUAAACCGCAUUGAAAAGUGGAUUUGUCUCCGAUAAUUUGUACUCUGUACCAUGGUGUAUAGUGGUUUAUGCAAUUUGAUUUUUGUAUGAUGGAACUCUUUAAUCUACUAAUGUUUUGCAGUGUUAGGACUGUUGUUAUAGAGCCGUACAUUAUCGCUGACCAUGCCAUGGGACAGAGCCACUUUAAUGAUCUGUAAUGACUCAUGAUAUAUUUCAUGUACUGGAACAUUUGAUGACUGCAUUAGCAUUGCACUGUAGUAUGCUGUAGGAAAGUCCAUGGAAUAUGUACACACAUCUAUUUUUCCUCUGUGUAAUUAUCCAGCAAGCACCAAGAACUAUUCAGUCUGUUCUACGUAAGUAACCUGAUGGUAGAAAUACAAUGACACACCAGUGGUAUAGUCCAUCUGUAUUUAUAUUCUGCUUAAUGUUCAGUCAUGCCUGAUUCAGGGAAAUGGAUUAACCUACUGGAGGAGAAACUUGAUUUAUAAUUGCACUAAUUGCAUAUCUCUAACGAGAGUGGUUAUUCAUAUAUAACUGGAGUAAAUUUAAAUCAAUUUGACACUGGACGUUAAUUGUAAUUGAUCUGUUGACUGUGAAUAUAAAUAAUUAAUUAUAGGUAAAAAUACAAAAAGUCUGCAUCCAACCCAAACCCACAUGUUCCCAAUACUAUACCCUCAUACUGUAGAAUUGUUUACUUUGAACCUAUAUCUUAUAGGCCUUGACAUAACCGGUAUUUUGAACAGAAAUCCUCUAUGUUCUCCUUAAAUGUUCAGUAGGCAUGAACCAUAUUUAAAGCACAGUAACGUCAACCUCAUCCUAGAAGCCUAACAUUAAUUGAAAAAGUAAAAUACCUCUAAGAAAGCAAUAACCUAUAGUGGUCAACAUUAUAAUGAAAAUAGUCAUAUCUACAUGAGAAAACACACUGGAGUUACCGCUCAGAGAUUAAGGAAUACAUCGUUGUAUUCGUUGUCCGUUUUUAUUAGUUUUCACAAUUAUUCCAUGCACUAAGGAGCUUAUUGAGCGCCAUGUAGUCACUUGAAAUGGAUUUACUGCAGGGCUACGUUGAGUUUAUAGUAGCUCAGUGUGUUCUCCUAAUAGACCACACCUUUGAAUAUUACAUGUUUAAGAACUCCUGUACAAGUGCAAUGGUUUUCAGCUGGUCUUCAAGGACUUCUAAUGUUCUAGGCUUUAAAGUUUUAAAGACAUGUGUUUUCUUAAUAAUGUGAUUCUCCUGAACUUGUUCCCAGGGAUUGAUAAAAGGGUAACAGCAGUAGCAUGUAUGCAAAGGUUGUUUUAAAUUAUUGGGGCAUUUUCCUAUAAGGUAUAUCUAAUCAACUGAGGAAAACUAGUAAAGUGGAGACAUUCUGUAUUGUGGAAAAUUCCUAAACAUAAACGUAUUAAAAACAAAAUAAAAAAGACAAAACCCUAUAUCUUUUAA